AUGGACGAAAAGACCGGGUUUGUUUCGGUCAACAGCUUUGAUACAUUCGAAUCAGCGACGUCUUCCACAAGUAGCUACGAGAAGCUUAAGAACUUGGGCAACCGCAUCCGCAGGAAGCCCCUACCACGAUAUUUACAAGGCUCUAUACGAGUACAUCCCGCUGCAGAGAUUGAGCCAACUCGGGUCUCGAAAGGUCUUUGGCAAGAUCAACUUCUGAUUGACCGAUCCCUCCGGGGGAUGGCAGCCCUCACGACAUUCUUCGCCAUCGGGAUGAUCGUUCUGAUCUCAAUCUAUGCCCAGCAUUUCCGCGAUCGAGUGAAUACCAACACGACAUCCGUUGGUGGUGAAGCACAGUCUUGCCAACAAGUAACUCAGACUAACACUGCAAUGCUUCUGCUGAUCAAUGUGUGCGCCACCAUGAUCUUAGGCAUGAGCAACACGUAUCAACAAUUGGUUACAUCCAUUAAGAUAACAGAUUUGAAACAUGUGCUUUCCAAGUUUGGAGAUUCGAGGGUUGGAACAAAUUCCCCGUUCAGUAUAAACCAAAAAUGGGAGGGGAGGAAGCGGUCAUGGGCUGCAUGGCUUUUCCUUGUGUUGACGUCCAUGCCGGUGCACUUUCUUGCUAAUUCGCUAAUUGGCCCUUCUUUCGUUCAGAGUCUUCCAAACGAAGUGUCAUUCCACGCUGUUGCCAACACGACCGACGCCUUGUGGGAGCAACGGCGAGGCAACAUGUUCUACACCCAAAAGACCAUGAGCGAUUCGGCAACCUUCGUCUGUUGGUCCGCCCUUAGGACUGGCAAACCUCAUUUUCCGGAAAGCACCAUGAUCUUGAAGGCAAGCCGCGAUGUGUAUGGCGCAGAUUCGAGAGAAUUUGGCAGGUCAUGGAGUACGAUGCAGGUGCACUAUGACACAAACUGCGCCGAGUUCUUGAAGACAACGACUGAUGUUACGGCACUAGAGAACUCAUUUGUAUACGACCCGAACCUGGGAUCGUUUCGCAGGCCGAUGUACCAGGAAGGUAGUUGUUUAAUGGGGCAAGGAGUAUACUGCAGUCUUCACGAUGAGAGGCCUGGUAAUUGUCGACUGAAUGUCCGCAUGAGUGCUGCUUUCAUCCUUGCUGCUUGUCUGAUUCUAAAAUCGGGCUACAUGCUGUCUGUCAACCUGAUGGCGCGAGGCAAGCUGAAGUCUCACUGCCUAACAUUCGGUGAUGUCAUUGUAGCUUCAGCGUCUGACCCAGAUCUAAGAGUCCAAGGGUAG